CCUGCUCCUCCAUUAUUCCAUAUCUUACCAACUAUAAUCUGAAAGGAAAAUGUUUUAACCGAUUACACAAAUAAACUGGACGUACUGCAUACUCUCUCCCCCGAACCCUCCUCCCGGACGGUUAGGGUUUUUGCCAAUUAUAGUAAACUCUGUGAGCAUGGCACCAUCUCAUGGUAGUCCUCACUCUGAAGCGGCAAAAAUGGAACAAAUAGUCACUGAAUUCUUUGCCAAAAGCCUCCACAUAAUUCUCGAUUCUAGAACCUCUUGCAUGUCCUCGCGCAGUUUCAGGGGCGAGCAAAUCAUGUCAUCCCCAUCAUCCUCCUCAUCGUCCACGUCGAGUGUGAGGCCAAGGGAUAAGUGGUUUAAUUUGGCUUUAAGGGAAUGCCCUGCUGCGCUUGAGAAUCUUGAUCUCUGGCGCCAGAGCAAUCCAGCACCCAUGGUGGUUGAUGUGGUUUUGGUGCAGAGGCCUCUUCAUUGGGAUCCCAUAAGUUUUUCGCCUAAAAGGGAUCUCAUUAGGAAUUUUUCAUCGGAAGGCUAUCCGUUUGGCUGGCAUUCUGACCAGGAGGAAUUCAGGUGUGAGGCACACAGCGAAAAGAUCAUAGAGAGAUGGGUCUUGCGAUAUGAGAGUAAGAAGGUGAAGGAUAAUCAUAGUUCAGGUAGCAGGAGGUCCAGCAAUAGUACUUUGCAUACAUUGUACAAAAAAUCGAUAUUGCUUUUGAGGUCUUUGUAUGCGACUGUUAGGCUUCUACCUGCGUAUAAGAUUUUUCGUGAGCUUAAUUCGUCUGGCCGGAUACGAACAUUUAGUCUCACACACCGGGUUUCUUCUUUUGUCGAACCCUUUAAUCCUAGAGAAGAAGCAGAAAUGCAGCGAUUUGGGUUCACCCCGGUGGAAACUUCUUCUGGUAGGCUUUGCCUUUCGGUGUUGUAUCGCUCAUCAGUCUUGGAUAUAAGCUCUGAAUCAUCAACUCCUAUCCCUCAAGUUAUACCAGAUUAUGUAGGCAGCCCAUUGGCAGAACCACUUAAAAGGUUUCCUUCACUACCUGUGGCAGGUUUGGGGACUCAUGGCUCUCUGUCAUCUUUGCCAUUCUCAGGGCGGCAUAGCUGGAGUUAUGACCACUAUAGAGCCUCCUCACCACCUUCAGUUUUUUUCUCACCUUCACCUACCCAUUCAGAAACAAUGGCUUCAAUUUGUAACCCAAGUUCCCACCGUUUCCCACCGACAAGCUUGCCUCCUCAUCCACCUGAAACAUCAGUAGCUCAUAAGAAUAAUACAAGUUUUGAUGAGUACUAUCCCUCUCCUACCUUUUCCCCCUCCCCUUCCCCAUCUCUGCCAAUCUGUAUUCCUGGGAGUCAUCUGUCAAAGGGUCUUUUAAGAUCUGAAAGUGCCCCGGUAAACAUACCCACUGCUAAGACUGCUAAUUCGCCAGCAUUGUCCAACAAGCAAUUUUUGCCUCCAUCUCCUCCCAUUAAAAGUACAAGGUCUGGUACUUUGAGGACGGAUAACUAUGUGGAUCCAAAUCAGAUUAGUGCAACAGUUGAGCAGUUGUUUUCUCUUGGGAAAGAUGAGACCAUAAAAUAUUUGGGAAUGAAGAUAUCAUCUACCAGCUCACCACAGAUUUCAUUUUCCAGAAGCUCCAGCAGGUCUUUCCAAGAUGAUUUUGAUGAUUCUGAGUUUUCUUGCCCUUUUGAUGUUGAUGAUGACGAUAUGACACAUCCUGGUAGCAGGCCUGGUUCUUUUGAUCAGAGAGGACAUCUAAGCGAGCCACUUGAGCCUGGAGGAUUGUUUCCAAUAAGAAAAUCCCAAGAUGCUGCUGUUGGUGCACUUGUACGCAUGUUGAAGAAAGCCCCACCUCUCCGUCAAGAAUCCUCCAGUUCAGUAAAUGUGCGGCAAGCGGCUGGGCCUGAAAUAUGGAGCAAUAGCCUCAAUGAACACAAUCAAGCGGUUCAGCAUGCAGCUUCUGCAAGCAUCACGUCCUCUGGGCUUGUCACGUUGAAGACUACAGCUGAUGCAUUAGAAGAGCUCCAGGGUUAUAGAGAGGAGAUGAAUAACCUGUUGCUUAAGCAAGGCUGUAAAUCCAACAAGUAAUAUAAUUACACUCCGCUCCAGAAAUUUUCCUCAGAGGUACAAUUGGAUUUUGAACCCUUGUAGAUAUUAAAUCCUUUAAACCUGUGUGCAGAUUUUGUCAGUGUUGAUAUUCCGCCUUUUACAUAUGUAAUUUAUAUGUGAAUAAUAUAUAACUUUAUGCAUAAACUUGAUUAUCAAAUGGAAGGGUUUGGUGUAA